AUGCUCCGACGAAAUUUGCGCGUUCCUAAAACGAUAGAGCGAGUUCUGAGUACCUCUCCUGCUGUUCAAGUGGAUGGCUCAAAAGUAGGCUGGGAACGAAUCCGAAAGACGCGAAAACGAAAAGGCUACGAAUGGAACUCCCGUUACCGCAUUUCCAUGAUGGGAGGCCACUACCGAAAGGAUCCAGCAGUGAUCACCGGGACCGAAACGAAACUGGCCUACACUCCGACUUGGGAAUCGGCGCUCCUGACUCAGGGCCAUCGAAAAGAUCUUUUCAUGCUGCAGCGAUUGAACGACGAAGAAUCGACGAAAUUCAACCGAUUGAACAGCCACCCGGGUCAGACGUUCGACCCGCUGCGGCAUCGAACAGAAGUGACAAAAAAGAACCAGAAAAUGUUUUUUGCGUCGAUGAAGAAACGAGAAGAUUUCGACUAUGGAAUCAACGUUGCCGAGCGUGCAGCGUUCCCUCAUCGCAGAGUCAAAGACGAGUACUUGGACAAUUGGUUGACAACCGAUCCAAAUCAUAAUAAUGUCGAAGGGGUGGAUUUAAGAAGCCCUCUUACAAGACAGGAAAUCGCCAACGAACCCGAAGUCUGGAAGAAAGUAAUGCUUUAUGAACGCGAGCGUGACUACAAAUACGUAAUCCACCCCUACAGAAAAUCCGCACUGCCGAAUAUGUCAUUUUGGUACCAACACGUAACGAAAACGCGGCUUAUUCGUGGCAGACCUGCCCUUUACAAUCAAAUUACUGUCGAUCCGGAGAAGGUGGCAAGUCUGGCGCAGUUCUGUAAAACGACGCUAGAAUUGGCGCAGGCGACGUUUGGAGAACCUGGAAACGCAGAUAGAAGCUCAAAACAGGCUCAAGUCGAGCGGGUCCGACGAGAAAAGAUUGUAAAAGCAAUUUGGAAUCAAGCUCAAACGCUCGCUGGUUCACCUGACUCGUCUACAACUGAUGAUCGCCCGGAAGUACUGUAUUUCUGGAUGCGUGGCUAUUCAGCCACCGCGCCAGGCGAGACAGAGGAAAAGUACGAGGAAUCAGAGCCUGCUAAGUUCCAGUCAGUCUGCGCGCCAGUCGAGCAGACGCGAAUUCCGUCGCCUCUCCGACCGUUGCGGCCUCGAGCGAGCGCCUUUUGCAGCGAAGAAGAAUUGACUACGACGCACACAAAGGAAGUGCCCUCCGUCAACGAGUUAAAACUGCCCGUCGUGCUGCCCCUUGAGAUCGAGGUCAAAAUGCGUUCAAUUCCAUGGUUUGACUAUUCCCCAGAGGCGCUGCGAUUUUACAAACAACAGUGGCGCAAUUACGUCAAACCUGGAUUUCACGCUUACGCAGGGGACAUGCUGUCAAACUACGACAUGGCGAAUCGACAAGAGAAGCUGUCCGAAAUCACGCGCGGAAUUUCCAGCUCCGAUGUUUUCUCCCACACUCAGGUCUCCGCCAUGCCCGCAGAAUAUACAGUCAGAAAUCGACGAGGCGCUCAAAUCGCAAGCGAUUAUCAAGGGUUUUCUUGGACUGCUGGCCUUGGUCACUAUCAAGGAAAGUUUCAAGAUGAUGAUGUGGAAGUUCCGAUCGUUGCACAGCUAGUCAACUUCGAUGGGGAGCAGUUUUCCCUCUCCUCUUAUCAGCUAAACACCUUAGCGAUCGAUCCAGAGAACGACUACUGGAACAAAACGGUGAACUUAUGCUACGUAGAAAAGUAUUCUCAGAUGGAAAUCGAAGCUUUUGCCGAGCAUUUAUUAAAGUUUGCUGCCAAUCGAGCGGAAAUAAAAUUCGACGAAGAGCGUAUAGAGGAAGAGGAAAGAAAUUUGAUAACGCAAGUGCAGCUGGUUGACGCGCCGGAUAUUGCCAUCCAGCAGCCUUGGAAGUUCCUCGAAGAGCGGUCAUCUUCACUAGAAUCGUUAAUGGAAAAUAAUGAUAACGUAAAAGAAGUGCAAAGCCAAAGCUAG